AUGACAUCAGCAGUUGCGGCUGGCCCCCUCCUUGCAGCGCUCCUCUCCUAUCAAGCAUCCCAUCUGAACAGCAUCAGCUCACCGCAAAUUUCCUCUCAAGCUUCUCAUCGUUUCAACUCAGAGUGCAAGCCUGCUGCUGCUGCUGCUGGAGGUGGUAGUGGUGGUGGUGGUGGUGGUGGUGCUGCUGCUGCUGCUGCUGCUGCUGCUGCUGCUGCUGCUGCUGCUGGUGCUGCUGCUGGUGCUGCUGCUGCUGCUGCUGCUGCUGCUGCUGGUUCUGCUGCUGCUGCUGCUGCUGCUUCUGGUGCUGCUCCUUCUGCCGGUAGUGAUGGUGGCGGUGUUGGUCCCUUUCUGGCGAAUCACCAAGCACCUCACCUUCUCAGCGCACAGUUUGCACUUGCUUCUGCUGGUGGUGUUUGCUCUGCCCCUUUUGCUGAUGUUGUUGGUGGUGGCAGCGGCGGCAGUGCUAUUUCAAUUCUGACUAACCACCAAGCACCUCAUCGGCUUAACACACAACAUUCACUCGUUGCUGCUGCUGCUGCUGCUAAUCGUACUGCUGGCAACGGUGGUGGUGGUGCUGGUAGUGGUGGUGGUGGUGGUGGUGGUGCUGCUGCUGCUGCUGCUAAUCGUACUGCUGGUAACGGUGGUGGUGGUGGUGGUGCUGGUUGUGGUGCUGGUGCUGCUGCUGGUGGUGGUACUGCUGCUGCUGCUGCUGCUGCUGUUACUGCUGCUGUUGCUGCUGCUGCUGCUGCUGCUGCUGCUGCUGCUGCUGCUGGUGCUGCUUCUUUUUCAAAAGAAGUUUGGGGAAGCAAGGAGGGAAGGCAGGUCAAAUUGGAGCAGAUGGGUGAUGUGGUAAGCAGGGGAGGGGGGGGAUUUGUGGAGCAUUCCAGGCUGGAUGGUCAAGCGAGAGGGGUUUGGGGAAACAGCAGGGAAGAGAUAGGUGCAAGGGAGUCAUUUGGAGGAGGAAUGGCAGUGAGAGAUGGUGGUAUGAGGGGGGAUGGUGGUAUGAGGGGGGACGGUGGCAGUGGGAGUGGUGGUGGGGGGCAUGGUGGGGGAGGGGAUGAUAGUAGGAGUGGUGGUGGGGAUGGUGGUGAGAAUGAUGGUGCGAAUGGUGGAGGGGUAGGCGGUGGUAGGGUUGUUAGCAGUGGGAGUGGGCAUAGUAGCGGGUACAGCAGAGCAGGCUCAGGAAGGCGGAAAACAGCAAAGACAAGUAAGGCAGAUCUGGCCGCACCUGCAACCACUGCAACAGGCGUUGCUGGAAGCAUGCGGAUCGCCUCAGAUCAUGGCGAAUUGAGCAGCAGAGGUGCACCCGUUGAUGCUUCGUCUAAUCAACCCACUAGUGCUAACGCUGCCCCGUCUUAUCUGCCGGCCGGGAAGCGAGCAAAAAAGGACAAAAACAGGUACCGUGGCGUGCGGCAGCGGCACUGCGGGAAGUGGGUGGCUGAGAUCCGAUUUCCUAAGAAGAAAUCCCGCGUGUGGCUCGGAACGUUCACCUGCCCGGAAGAUGCUGCCCGAGCGUACGAUCGGGCAGCUGUGAAACUUCGUGGGCCCCGAGCGUUGACGAAUUUUCCAGAUGAGUAUGAGAAUUGGCAAAAUGGGGUGGGAGAUGACUUGUUGAGGUUUAAUGGGGAGGAAGGAGUGGAGAAGGAGGAAAUGGGGAAGGAUGAGGUGGGGUUUAAGGCGGGAAGUGCAGCAGAGAGAGGGGAGGGAGGCAGCAAAGGGGAGAUGUAUACGGUUAGAGAAGGUGAGGAUGAGGGGAGGGGAGCGGAAAGCAGUAAGCAGCAGAUGGGGAAAAGGGCGAGGAGCAAGGGUGGAGGAAAAAAUGAGGGAGGGGAGGAAGAGAAGUUGGACGUGAGUGGAAAAGGCUGUGCAGAGUGGAAGGCAGAUGGCAGGGACAAGUGA